UAGUCCCAAGUCAUUGUUAGCACUAUCUUAAGUCAGUUACUUUUUGUGCAUGAUAAGGACUCGGAACAUUGACUUACCUUAUUCUGAUAGAUUUCGAUUGAACGUAAUUCGGCAGCUUCGAUUGUUGAUUUUUGAUUAUUACAGCAUCGGUGAUCAGUACGAGGCAGGAUGGCCGGUAGGAACGUAGUCGUAUGUUUCAUUAUUUAUUUGUCCACACUAAUUGUGAGUAAUUUAUCAGCUACCGUUUCGGGACAAAGUGUAUGUGCCCGGUACGACAACUAUCGAUUGUACAGGGUGCAAUUGGAAACGGAUCGUCAUGUGCAGAUUUUGCAGGAACUGGAAGCAAAAAGCGAUAGCUGUACAUUCUACGGACAUGCUCGUCAACCUGGACAACAGUUGACCAUCAUGGUUGCUGCCAACAAAGUAGCGGAUUUUGAAGAUCUGAUGGACCGUUUCUUGAUCAAAGGACAAGUGCUGGAAUAUAAUAUGCAAAGUAAAAUCGAUCGCGAAGCCCAAUGGAUAAAACCAGUCACGACAAACGUAACUGAAUUCGAUUGGAGUCACUACUUUCACCUCGAAACUAUCUACGCUUGGAUGGAAGAUCUGGCCGCGAAACAUUCAUUCAUAACCGUUCUUAGUCUCGGUACCAGCUAUGAUGGUAUACCCAUUAAAGGCGUGAAAUUGUCUCGAAAGUCGGACAAUAGGGCCAUUUUUGUCGAAGGUGGAAUCCAUGCUCGUGAAUGGAUAUCUCCGGCCACCACAACGUUCAUUCUAAAUCAACUGGUAACAUCGACCGCUCCACGAAUCAUUGAUCUUUCAAACAAUUACGAUUGGUUCUUUUUUCCAAUAGUCAACCCAGAUGGGUACAAAUUUACAUUCGAAGGUGACCGCCUUUGGCGGAAGAAUCGAAAACCUUAUGGUCUCUGUCGUGGAGUGGAUUUAAAUCGAAACUUUGCUAGUAAUUGGGGCGGUAUUGGUUCGAGCGAUGAUCCAUGUAGCUACGAUUUCUCGGGUGCUUCAGAAUUUUCUGAACCGGAAUCUGCCGCCUUGGCCGAAUUUAUUCGCAAGAAUACCGACACGCAACGCAUCCGAACUUACAUCGCCCUGCACUCGUAUUCACAACUGCUGAUGUUUCCCUUCGGACACACAGCGGAGAAAGUCGCCAACUAUGAACAUUUAAAGUCGAUUACCGAAAAGGCAAUCACCGCACUGACGGAGGUUCAUGGAAGUAGAUUUCAGGGUGGUAGCAAAUAUGAAGGGUGAAGCAAAUACAAAUAUGCGGCGGAAGCAUCGAUUGGGCUUACCAAGAAGGAAAAAUUCCGGUGUCUUUGACAUUUGAACUGCGCGGCCCUCCGGAUUCGACCGAUAUGUUCAUUCUGCCGGCAGAACAGAUCAUCCCGGUGGGCCAAGAAACGUUAGCGGCCUUCCAGACAAUUGUGGAGGAAGCUAAUCGGCUCGGGUACUACGACAAUUAAUCGAUUUUGUGUUUGAAUAAAUAAAAACAG